AUGUUAGAGCAAGGUAUAAUUCGUCCGUCAGAAUCUGCAUGGAGCUCUCUCGUCUGGAUAAAUCCUAAAAAAGUUGACGCUUCUGGCAAGACUAAAUGGCGACUCGUAGUCGACUUUAGGAAGAUAAAUGAAAAAACCAUUAGUGAUAAAUAUCCAAUACCGAAAAUAUCGGAUGUACUAGAAAAGUUAGGAAAUUGCCAAUAUUUCAAUACCUUGGAUUUAGCCAGUGGAUUUUACCAGGUCGAAAUGAACCCUAGUGACAUACCGAAAAUAGCAUUCAACGUUGAACAUGUGCAUUUCGAGUUCUUACGGAUGCUCAUGGGUCUGGAGAACUCGCCAUCCACGUUUCAGCGUGUCAUAGAUAACGUGCUCCGUGACCUCCAAAAUACAGUUUGUCUCGUGUACUUAGACGAUAUUACUGUGUUCAGCACUUCCUUGAAAGAACACAUGGUAUAUCUCGAGAAUGUAUUUCAGAAACUAUGGGAAUCCAACUUUAAAAUACAAAUGGUUAAAUCCGAGUUUCUUAAAUUGGAAACCGCUUAUAUAAGUCAUAUAAUUAGUAAUGAUGGCAAUAAGCCAAAUCCUAGUAAAAUAUCAGCCAUAGAAAAGUAUCCAUUACCCAAAACCGCAAAAGAGAUUAAGCAGUUUUAG